ACUUCCUGGUUGAACAUGCGAAUAGCGGAUCCCUAUUCAAACAGAAUGUUGGCUGUACAAACGUUGAUCAGUUUUUCUUUGAUUGUUGCUGGAUAUAUUUUUGUUCGGGAUAUAGAAGCGCAAGAAAACGUUGCUCUCAAUAAGGUAACCGCGCAAUCGCCGGUCUGUCCUGGUUAUGAAGGUGCCUCUGAUUUGGCUGUAGAUGGAAACACUACAACUGUAUUUGGUGAAACGAAACCACACGCCUGUACGUGUUCAAUGGGAAAAAAUGCCACAUUAUGGAGUGUUGAUUUAGGAAAGCCGUAUUCACUUCAUAACAUAAGAAUAUUCCAGAGGUUUGAACUGAAAGUUCAAGACAGACUUUUAGGAUUCACUGUUUCUGUUGAUGACGGUACUUGUUACCGGUGGCCGAAUAGUUCGAAUCCACCCACAGUGUUUAAUAUAACAUAUGAUAAAACAGGACGCGUGGUGAAGUUCCAGGUACCACGUGAGGAAUACUUUAGCCUGUGUGAAGUACAAAUAUUUGCUUGUGCAAAUGAUUUUUGGGGUCAGGCUUGCACUAACAAAUGUGGCCACUGUACUGAAUCUCCGUGUGACCAACAGACUGGAAGCUGUAUGUGCCAAUCCGGAUGGGCUCCUCCUAGAUGUAUAGCCUGCGCCGAUGGAUAUUGGGGACAGUCUUGCAGUAACAGAUGUGGUCACUGUAGAUGGUCUUCAUGUGACAAACAAACUGGAAGUUGUCAAUGCCUGACUGGGUGGGCUCCACCUGCAUGUACAUCUUGUGCAGAUGGCUUUUGGGGUCAGUCUUGCUCUAACAGAUGUGGCCAAUGUAGUGGAUCCCCAUGUGACAAACAUACUGGAAGCUGCACGUGCCACUCAGGGUGGGCCCCACCGAGAUGUACAGUCUGUAUCAUUGGACUAUGGAGUCAGACUUGCAGUAAGAGAUGUGGCCAUUGUCUUGGAUCUUCCUGUGACAAACAGACUGGACGUUGUCAGUGUCAGACUGGAUGGGCCCCGCCGAGAUGUACAUCCUGUCUAGAUGGACACUGGGGUCAGUCGUGUAACCGAUGUGGUCAUUGCAGUGGACAAACCUGUGACAAGCAUAAUGGAAGCUGUCUCUGUCUGACUGGAUGGGCCCCACCGACAUGUACAUCCUGCGUGCGUGGACUAUGGGGUCAGUCUUGUAGUAACAAAUGUGGUCAUUGUAAAGGAUCUUCCUGUGAUAAACAGACUGGAAUUUGUCAAUGUCAAACUGGAUGGGCUCCGCCGAGGUGUACAUCCUGUUCCGAUGGACUAUGGGGUCAGACAUGCAGCAACAACUGUGGCCAUUGUAUUGGAUAUGUAUGUGAUAGACAGUCUGGGGAUUGCCCGUGUAAGACUGGGUGGGCUCCACCGAGAUGUGCAUUGUGUGCAGAUUUGUGGUAUGGUGAAAACUGCGACAAGACGUGCAACUGCAGGGACAGAACUGAAAUUUGUAACAAGAGAGGAGGUCAAUGCACAGCUUGUCCAGAUGGGUGGAUUGGAACAGCGUGCGAUCAGUGUGUUGAUGGGAAAUAUGGAGAACACUGUAAUCAGACUUGCAAUAACUGCAGAAACUUACAAUGUGAUCGUUUGACUGGAUCUUGUCUUGGUGGAUGUGCUGCUGGGUUUACGAGACCUGAAACUGGCUGUACAGAGAAACUUCUGUCAGAUACACAAAACCACACCGCUGGUACCACGAUCAUCGCCCUAGCCAUUUCGACAGGAGUAUCUAUCGCUUUACUUGUUGUAAUCACCAGUGUUUCAGUAUGGUACUUCAGACGUCUCAAGGCGAGAACAAGACAUGAGGAACGAGAUAGUUCUAAAACAAAGGAGAUGACGACGAUCCAAGCACAUGGUCACGGGUACCAAAAUGUUGCAGCACAAAAUAAUGAUUCCAGAAAUGAAGCCGAUAACGUAACAAACACAGGUGAGCCAUCUGGCCCGGGGAAUUAUAGCACCCCAUCCCUGUCACACGACCAGGCAAACUAUCAGCAGAAUCCAGAAGAUGGUGGUAUCGAGAGCGCUUACGUUAACGUAAAACAACAUAAUGAGAUGAAUGAAUAUGAAAAACUGGAUGCAUCUACAGACACCACUUCACAGAAUGUUUACGAAAAAAUGACUGAUAUAUAAUGCUAUUUUGUACUCGAUAAGUAUGUAUAGAUACUGCAUGCGUACAUGUAGGAGUGUAUAUACAUAGUAUGCAUUAUUGAUAUACUUUACUAUUGCUCCUUGUACGUACAACUUGUAAAUUUGACAUGUCCUUAUUUUAUUUUAUUUUAUUUUAUCUUCUAUUCCUACGAACUGCAUGCUUUGCUAAAUAAAUAAUGCUAUACACCAA